CCCCUGGCCGGCGGGGGCGUCUCCAACGGGUCCCUGGGCUGGGACGCCCCCCGGCCGGGCCGCCCCCCUCCGGGCCACUACUCGGCGGCCGAGGCGGCCGGCCUGGCGGCCGUGGUGGGCUUCCUCAUCGUCUUCACCGUGGCGGGCAACGUGCUGGUGGUGAUCGCCGUGCUGACCAGCCGGGCCCUGCGGGCGCCCCAGAACCUCUUCCUGGUGUCCCUGGCCAGCGCCGACAUCCUGGUGGCCACCCUGGUCAUGCCCUUCUCCCUGGCCAACGAGCUGAUGGCCUACUGGUCCUUCGGCCGGGCCUGGUGCGACGUCUACCUGGCCCUCGACGUGCUCUUCUGCACGUCCAGCAUCGUGCACCUGUGCGCCAUCAGCCUGGACCGCUACUGGUCGGUGACGCGGGCGGUGGAGUACAACCUGAGGCGCACCCCUCGGCGCAUCAAGGCGGGCAUCGUCACCGUCUGGCUCAUCUCGGCCUUCAUCUCUUUCCCGCCUCUGCUGUCCCUCUCCCGCGACCCCGACGACGGCGUCUAUCCCCAGUGCGCCCUCAACGACGACACCUGGUACAUCUUGGCCUCCUGCGUCGGUUCCUUCUUCGCCCCCUGCCUCAUCAUGGUCCUCGUCUACGCGCGCAUCUACCGCGUCGCCAAGCUGCGCACCCGGGCCUCGGCCCGCCGGUCGCCGCGUCCCCGCGACCGGCCGUCCUCCCCGAGGGACGACGGCCUCCCGGCCGGGGACCGGGGCGACUCCCUCCGGGGACCCCCGAGCGGACCCGACCCGGGGGGGACCCGGCCGGGCGGCCCGGGAGGGGACGGGACCCCGUGGGGGGGACCGGACCGGGCCGCGGUCCGGCCGGGGGGCCGGGGAGAGCCCGACGUCCGACGGGAGGGCCCGCACGGGGGGCGCGUCCGCCCGGAGAGAGGGGACGGGGCGGAUGUCCCGGGGGAGAGGCGGGACGGGGACGACGUCCGGCCGGGGAGCGGGGACCGGGCGGACGCCCGGCGGGAGAGCCACGACGGGGCGGACGCCCCGUGGGAGAGCCGGGAGGAGGCCGACGUCCGGUCGGAAAGCGGGGACGGGGCGGGCGCCCCGUGGGAGAGCCGCGAUGGGGCGGACGUCCGGCCGAAGAGCGGGGACGGGGCGGACGCCCGGCGGGAGCCCCGGGACGAGGCCGGCGUCCGGCUGGAAAGCGGAGACGAGGCGAAUGACCGGCGGGGGAGGCCGGACGAGGCGGAUGCCCGGCGGGAGAGCCGGGACGGGGCCGACGUCCGCUGGGAGGGCCGGGACGGGGCCGACGUCCGCCGGGAGGGCCGGGACGGGGCCGACGUCCGCUGGGAGGGCCGGGACGGGGCCGACGUCCGGCGGGAGAGGCGGGACGGGGCACACGUCCGGCGGGCGAGCCGGGACGAGGCGGACGCCCGGCGGGAAAGCCGGGACCUGGCGGAUGCCCGGCGGGAGAGUCGGGAGGAGGCGGAUGGCCGGUGGAAGAGCCGGGAGGAGGCGAGCACCCCGUGGGAAAGCCGGGGCCGGGCGGACGCCCGACGGGAGAGCCGGGGCGGGGCGGACGCCCGGCGGGAGAGCCGGGACGAGGCGGACGCCCGGCGGGAGAGCCCGGACGAGGCGGACGCCCGGCGGGAGAGCCGGGACGAGGCGGACGCCCGGCGCGAGAGCCGCGAUGAGGCGGACGGCCGGCGGGAGAGCCGGGACGAGGCGAACGCCCGGUGGGAGAGUUGGGACGAGGCCAAAGUCCACCGGGAGAGCCGGGACGAGGCGAAUGUCCGGCGGGAGAGCCGGGACAGGUGGAAUGCCCGGUGGGAGGGUCAGGCCCGGGAAAGCCCGGACGAGUGGAACGCCCGGUGGGAGAGCCGGGACGAGGCGAACGUCCGGCGGGGCGGCCGCAGCCGCUUCUCCGCCCCCAGAGCCGGGGCCGCGGGGGCGGGCCCGGGGGGCGGGCCCGGGGGUCGCCCAUCCCGGUCCAGUAACCGCUCCAUCCAGUUCUUCUCCUCCCGCCGCCGCCGCAAGCGCAGCAGCCUGGCCCGCAAAAAGGUGGUCCAGGCCCGCGAGAAGAGGUUCACCUUCGUACUGGCCGUGGUCAUGGGCGUCUUCGUCCUCUGCUGGUUCCCCUUCUUCUUCACCUACAGCCUCUACGGCCUCUGCCGCCAGGCCUGCCCCGUCCCCCAGCCGCUCUUCAAGUUCUUCUUCUGGAUCGGCUACUGCAACAGCUCCCUCAACCCCGUCAUCUACACCAUCUUCAACCAGGACUUCCGCAGGGCCUUCAAGCACAUCCUCUUCAAGAAGAAGAAGGACAUCUUCGCGCAGUGACCCGGGCAGGGAGGAGACGGGAUCCGCUCCGACAGAGAGGGACGUCUUGGGACGGUGACCCCGGGAGGGAGGAGAAGGGACCCGCCUAAGCAUCGUCUUUGAGAAGAUGGACAUCUUUGGACGGUGACAGUGAGGGAAGAGAAGGGAUCUGGCCGGGUACCAGCCGACUGGGAAGGAGGAGAGAUGGACGGAUGAUGAUGAUGAUGAUGAUGAUGAUAAGGGUCCCGGUGGUAUUUGGGCCAAGAGCUGACCCUGGGGGAGAUUCAAGAUUCUCAAGUGGGACUCAGUCUCCGGCCCACCCAAAGCUCGCGAGGCCAAGUAGGAAGGGGGAUCGGGGCUGGACUCUCCAUUUUGCAGACGAGGUAACUGAGGCACGGAGAAGUUCAGUGACUCGCCCGAGGUCACCCGGCCGGCAAGGGGGCAGAGCUAAAGCCAGGGUGAUGGAUGGAUGGAUGGAUGGGUGGGUGAAUGGAUGGAUGGGAAGGCUGGAUGGAUUGUUGUGGGCAGGGAGUGUGUCUGGUUCUAUCGUUAUAUCGUAUAACAUAAUGAUAACAAUGAUGAUGAUGAUGGGAUCUGUUAAGCGCUUACUCUAUGCCAAGCACUGUUCUGAGCUCUG